GUCAAUCGGUAUAAAGCCCAUAUUUAAAGUUUUAUUCAGCAACAGCAGUGGUUAACUGGUUAUCCCCUUUCCGCUCUCUCACACACAAGCACGCUCUGAGAGAGAGAGAGAGAGAGAGAGAUGGAGGAAGAGGAGCAUGAGGUGUACGGCGCCGAUAUACCAGACGUAGGCGAGAUGGAAGCCGAUGCAGACGUCGACAUGCCGGGGGCCGACGAUGACGCUGCCGCCAAGGAAUUGGAUGAGAUGAAGAAGCGAUUGAAGGAGAUGGAAGAGGAAGCAGCGGCGCUUCGUGAAAUGCAGGCCAAAGUUGAGAAGGAGAUGGGUUCUGUUCAAGAUCCUGCUAGUACUGCUGCAGCUCAGGCAAACAAGGAGGAGGUGGAUGCAAGAUCUGUCUUUGUUGGCAAUGUUGAUUAUGCUUGCACUCCAGAGGAAGUUCAACAGCAUUUUCAAUCAUGUGGAACUGUAAACCGCGUCACUAUUUUGACAGACAAGUUUGGGCAGCCAAAGGGCUUUGCAUAUGUUGAAUUUAUUGAGCAAGAAGCCGUUCAAGAGGCGCUGCAACUGAAUGAAUCUGAGUUACACGGACGCCAAUUGAAGGUAAUGGUGAAGAGAACAAAUGUUCCUGGAAUGAAACAAUACCGGCCAAGGCGAUUCAAUCCCUACCUUGCAUAUGGAUAUCGGAGGCCUUAUGCACCCCCGCAUUUCUACUCUCCCUAUGGCUACGGCAAGGUGCCUAGGUUCAGGCGCCCAUCACGCUACAUGCCGUAUUACUGAAGCGCCAAUCACCAUUUGGUUUGUUUAGAUCGCACAACGGUACACGAACACUUAGCUGCUGGUUAUGUGCUUAAUCCCCGCCUUAUGUGUAGUACCCUCUAUCCAGUAAAUGACGUUCGUUUCAGCAUAAUACGACAUUUGUAUCAUCUCUAAAUCGCUUACAUUUUAAGUAUUAGUACUUCUUUGGUGACUGCAAACACUCUUUGCCUUCUGGCGCCAGUCCAAGUACUGAAAUAUUUUUUCAGAUAUUUGAUUGCAUAUCAUAGAUGUUUCUCA